GGGAUCAUCUGCCAGGUUUUGUAUAAAUGGCGAGACGAUCCAUGCAGGAUCGCACAUUGAGUUCGAGUCGCUCCAAGAACCCCUUACCAAGUGAUCAGUCUUCCAUCGGGAUGCAGUUUUUAAUUGUGUGUUUCGCCCUUGUGGGCUGUGCUGUCGGGCAAUUUGGUAAUUUCCGUGGAUUCCAAAAUCAACCACAACCUGCCAGACCGCAAUAUCAACCUCCAGUUCAGCCCCAAUAUAAUCCUGGCCAACCGCAAAUACAAAUCCGAAGCCAAACGAACGAUAUUUCUCCGGACGGUUCUUACGCAUGGAGCUACGAGACCGAAAAUGGAAUUUCAGCCUCUGAGAGUGGUUCGCCUAAAGCUGUACCUGAGGGACAGGCAGAGGUCGUCCAAGGUCAAUAUUCUUAUACGGCACCCGAUGGAACCCCCAUAACCGUGAGGUACAUCGCUGACGAAAAUGGCUUCCGCGCUGAGGGAGCUCAUCUACCGACUCCACCACCAAUUCCAGAGGCGAUUCAGAAGUCACUUGCUAUUCUUCCUAAAACUGCCGAAUUUCAACCAACUUAUCAACAACAACCGCAGCAGCAGUACCAACCGAGCUUCAAUCAAAAUCCUUAUCGCAGAUUUUAAAUCGAACUUCGCCAUGAAGAUAUUGUCCUUAUAGACCGUGUUGGUGCUGCCGGAUAUCUCGGCUGACAUCCGGUUGCGCUUACGGUCGUGCCGUGCUACCGUUAACCUGUGAUUACUUUGUUGAAUACGAUAAAGAGUUUACGGAAAUAUAUAACAAUGAUUUUUUGAAAAGUC